AUGGUUUCUCUUGUGCUGCAGCUGUCGUGGGCUCCGGCUGUGCUGGUCUUGGGCUGCGUGAUAGUGGUCCUGCUGCUUCUCCUCUUGGCUCGGCAGCUCCUCAAACAGAGGAGACCCCCCGGUUUCCCCCCUGGACCUUCUCCCGUCCCUGUCAUAGGAAGUAUUUUCUCUCUGGCCAGCCAGCCGCACGUCUUCCUCAAGAAGCAGAGUGAAGUUCACGGCCAGAUUUUCAGCCUUGACCUGGGAGGCAUCUUGACUGUGGUGUUGAAUGGAUAUGACUCGGUCAGGGAAUGUCUUUAUCAUCAAAGUGAAGUGUUUGCUGAUCGUCCAUCUCUGCCUUUAUUCAAAAAAAUGACCAAAAUGGGUGGACUUCUCAAUUGCAAAUAUGGGAAAGCCUGGGUUGAACACCGUAAACUGGCUUGCAACUCUUUCCGUUACUUUGGCAGUGGUCAGAGACUGUUUGAGAGGAAGAUCUCAGAGGAGUGCAUGUUCUUUGUUGAUGCCAUUGAUGAGCACAAGGGAAAGCCCUUUAACCCCAAACACCUAGUGACUAAUGCCGUGUCCAACAUUACCAACCUGAUCAUCUUUGGACAACGUUUUACCUACGACGAUGGCAACUUCCAGCACAUGAUUGAGAUAUUUAGUGAGAAUGUGGAGCUUGCAGUGAGUGGGUGGGCUUUGCUCUACAAUGCCUUCCCUUGGAUUGAGUAUGUGCCCUUUGGUAAACACCAGAAAUUGUUCAGGAAUGCUGCUGAGGUUUAUGACUUCUUACUGCAGGCUAUUAAGAGUUUUUCACAAGGUAGGGUGCUACACUCACCUCGACAUUAUGUGGAUGCCUAUUUGGAUGAGUUGGAGAUAAGUGCAGAAGAACCAACGACCUCUUUUUCAUAUGAGAACCUCAUCUAUUCAGUGGGCGAGCUCAUUAUUGCAGGCACAGAGACCACAACUAACACCCUGCGCUGGGCAAUGCUCUACAUGGCACUCUACCCCAACAUACAAGAAAGGGUGCACAGGGAGAUCGAUGCCGUGUUGACCAAUGGGAGAGCACCAUCAUGGGAAGACAAACAGAAGAUGCCCUAUGUGGAGGCUGUUUUGCAUGAGGUCCUGCGCUUCUGCAACAUUGUUCCCCUUGGUAUUUUCCGUGCAACCUCCCAGGAGGCAAAAGUCAAUGGCUACACAAUUCCCAAAGGCACCAUGGUGAUCACAAAUCUGUACUCAGUGCACUUUGAUGAGAAGUACUGGAACGAGCCAGAAAUUUUCUCACCACAGAGGUUUCUAGACAACAAUGGGAACUUUCUGAAGCGUGAAGCCUUCCUGCCUUUCUCUCUAGGGAGGCGCCACUGUGUGGGUGAACAACUGGCCAGGAUGGAAAUGUUCCUCUUUUUCACAACUGUGAUGCAGAGGUUUUAUCUCCAGUUCCCUCCAGGAACAGUUCCCAAUGUCAGUCCCAAACUGGGCAUGACACUACAGCCCAAGCCGUACUGUAUCUGCGCAGUCCGCAGGCAGCAGAAAGCUCCAAGCUCAGGAGACAUUCCUUGACCACAAGUAGGCGGCCACUACAGCUUGAGGAACAUUCACGUCAGAAUUUCCCCUUUUGCACAGACCUUUAGCCAUCUACAGAGGUACAACAGCUGAAUAAGUUUGCUGAGGUGCAUCAGUCACUCCAAGACAUUCCUAUGAUGCAAUCUGCACCUGGGUUUUUGUGGACAAAGAUAGGUCUCUACCUAUGGAUAUGUGAUCCAGUCCAUUCAACUGACUGAUUUAUUUUCCUGACAGUAUGCACUUUUGCACAUUAUAGCCCCAUGUCAACAGACAGAUCCUGAAGGGCAACUAUUCUUGUAGCCCCACAUUAGAAGGAAUGAACCCUUAUUAUUAGGUUUAACUGAAAUAGAAAAAGUGGGUCCUGAUUUUUGUUUUGAAGUUGUUUCAUUGAAAGGUCAUGUGUCAAAAGUUAAUAUUAAUGCAUUAUAUAUUUAUGUUUAUUCAUAUUUUGUUUACUUGAAAUUGACUGGAUUACACAGAAUGCAGAGGAAUUUGGUUGUACUGGGAUCCAUUGUUUACUUAUGCUCAAGCCCCCAAGUUUGUUCAUACUGACUCAGGGCUGAAUCCAGUUGAGCACAUUGGAAACAACCAUAUCACUGACUAGGUUCCUUGUAGCUGUUUGUCUAGAACCAGAAAUGUCUAUGACCUUUCGUGCGGUAGUCAUGGUUAAGUACAUAUAUGUCAAUGAUUGAUGGCAAGUACACCUAUGACUGUUCAUAAGCCUUCCUUCUCGGGACAGCUUCAGCUCAGAUAUGUGAUGCCAGGGAUUUGUG